AUGGAUAAACCUUGGAUGCAUAUUCAUGAUAGAUUGCAUUCCCGUGAGUAUGAAGAAGGUGUUAGACAAUUCCUCGCUAUGGUCGUAGCACACACUCCAACCACUGAUCAGAUUAGGUGUCCAUGUAGAAGAUGUCGGAAUAGAGCUUUCCACUCCAUUCGUACUGUCGAAGAUCAUUUGUUCCUUAGAGGGUUUGAUCCAACUUAUCAAACCUGGAUAUUCCAUGGAGAAGAUGAUCCUUUCCUUUCCACUCCUUUGUCUGAUGAAGAACAAGAUGACACCAGAGAUUUCAGUGAAUACCCAGAUGAUCUGGACGAGAUGUUAGAUGACAUUCGUCAUGGUUACUAUAUGGGAAGUGACUGGCAAUGGGACGGAGAUGUAAACAUGGAUGAUCAACCAUCCACCUCUAAUUCUCAAUCAAACUUUACUUUCGAGGAGUUGGUCGCUGAUGCACGACGUCCACUUUAUCCUUCAUGUAAACAGUUUUCGAAGUUGUCAUUCAUCGUCAAGCUGCUUCACAUCAAGAGCAUUGGUAGUUGGACCGUGAAGAGCUUCGAUAUGGUCAUAAAGCUUUUGCAAGAGGCAUUUCCGGAAGCUCUAUUCCCUGAUUCAUAUGCCGAUGCCCGUCGCUUGGAGCGUGGCUUGGGGUUUAGUUACGAAAAGAUACAUGUGUGCCCGAAUGAUUGUGCUUUGUUUUGGAAGGAAAAUGCCACCUACAAUGAAUGCCCUAAGUGUCAAGCUUCUAGGUGGGAGGAAAGCACAAGUCCCGCUCGAAGGAUACCGAAAAAAGUCCUCCGAUAUUUUCCCAACGUACUUCCCAACGUUGGGAAGUACGUUGAACCUCAACUUUUCUUCCUUGACAAAUUUAAGUUCUCUUGUUCUCGUACGUGCUGGACUUCGGGGGAGCAUCCCACCUGA